CUGGGAGUUCGGGAUUGGUCCCCGCGCCCGCGGGGGGUGCAGACUUUGGCCUCUGGCGCAGCGGAAGGCACCCACGGAGACCUUCCGCGGCGAGCCGUGUGUGUCCCGCCUGUAAACCGGUUUGGACGUGCCCGCCCUUCCUCGGUGAUGACACGCCUGACUCCCUGCCAGGUGGAGGCAGACGGACGGCGGACAGAGCAGGGGCGCCGACGCGGUCCCCGCAGCUCAGCCCCGGCGCGCUGCCCCGCUUCCCCGGCUCGCUGUGAACCCGGCCCAGCGCGUCUCUGGCAUGAGGAACCCGAGCAAGGAGCUGCAGGGCGCCGCCAGCCGCCAUGCUCCGUGCGACUGGUACUACCACCUUCCCGUGCGGCGGUCUGAGAAGGCUGUGGACGCCCCUCCUGUGUCCCAGAUUCCCGGCCUCAGUGCGUUUCGGGACCCGCCCGGUGGGCGCCCGCUGGGCGCGCGGAGGUACUGGGUCAAGGACACGGACUCCGAGUAUGUGAAGCUGGCCAAGCAAGGCGGCCACCCCGACCUGCUGAUGCACCUGGCCCCGGGGAUGGCGUCGGGCAGCGGCACCAGGAAGGGCUCCCCGGCGGCCUACUCCUUGCCAGACUGGUACAUCCACCACAGCAAGCCGCCCACGGCCGGCCAGAGGCAGGGGCUUGCUGCCCGUGUGCCCAAUUGCAUGGUCCUCGAAGAGUCUAACCCCCGUUUGGCCACCAGCAGCUACGAGUCCAGGAGGGGGCCGUUCGACUUCGACAUGAAGACCGUCUGGCAGAGGGAGGCGGAGGAACUGGAAACGAAGAAGAAAAAGCUGAGGCUCCCAGCCAUUAACUCCAAGAACCCCAGCAAAGCAGGGACCCCGCUGGGCCCCAAAGACCCGGCGAGAAGUAGACUCUCCUUCCCUCCCAUGCCGGGGCAAAAACUCAGUUCACCCACAAACUUUUCCAAACUCAUCAGCAAUGGGUAUAAGGACGAGUGGUUACAGCAGCGAGCCGAGGCGGACAGGAGCCCCCCGCAGAUGUCCAGCGCGUCCCCGGCGGCUCAGCCCUCGAGGGACCUCGAGGGGCAGGACUCGGAGCAGCUCCCGGACCCGGAGCUUCCGGAAGCCUCUGUGGAGGCUGCAGGUGCCGCGGCCUCUCCGCCCACGUCGUCGACGCCGGCCGAGCUCCAGUGACCCGGACGCAGCCGCCCGGGGGGCCCGUUCCCACGGCUGACGGCGGCCUGACGGCGCCGCCGCGGCUGUAUUUGUUGUGAAUAUAGAUUCUUACGAAACACGUUGUCUUAGAGCAGGUUUGAUGUCACCGUGGCG